GUUCAGUUGUUGAAACGUUUGUAAACAUUAAGAGAAGUGAAGGUGGCGGCCGUGUGAGGCGGCAUCAUUACUCGUUCAGCAGCUGUUAUUACUAGGAACUUCUCAGCAUACUGUACCUAUUCAUUCAACACUAGGAGUGGCCGAGGCUCGAUACUCCGUCCCUUAAUAGCUAGAGAAAGAUUUAUUAACCAGCACCCGCCAAGGUGUUGGCCAGGGAAGAAGACUGUAUCGUGAGGAAAUAAGGUGGUACCUACCUUGCUUCUGAUAUAUCUUUCUCUUUUUUCUCUGUUGUUAUGGGUUCCUCUAAGAAAAGUAAAGAUAAAGAUCGGGAGAGGAGCAGAGAAGAGAGGAAGGAGAAGAAGAAGAAGCACAGUACCAGGUCUGGGUCCAGAGACAGAGACCGAGAAGGAAAACAUCACCAUAGACAUCAUCACAAACACAAAAAGCAGCGUAGCAAGAGAAGAGAGGAUCGCUCUCGUUCUGUGUCUCCGAGCUUCAGCGAAGACAGCCUCUCUGACGUUGAACAGCUUCUUCAGUUAAAAGAUGAUUUGCCUGGACAACAUGCCUUGCGGAUUCCACCACCUCCAAAAAUUUCAGCUCCACCACUUCAGGUAUCAAAACUCUCAGCACCGCCACCUCCCAGAAUUUCACCACUGCCACCUCCAAAAGUUGCAAAGCGAACUCCUUCUCCCCCCUCUGCACAGCCAUCUGGUGGAAGUGGGGAAAUUUCACUUUCAAUUGAAGAGACAAAUAAGAUUCGGGCAAAGCUAGGAUUGAGACCGCUGAAGGUUGAAUCAGCACCUGUGAAAGAGGAUGAAGAGAAACCAGAUGUCAUAGAGAUAGAAGAUGACAACAUAACCACAAGCAAGGUUGAAGAAUUUGUACACAAACCUGCUGAAAGCAUUACCCAAAAGUUACAGGUAGAAAAGCUGAGGGAGAAAAUAGCUGCCCAGAGAGAGAAACGACGCAUCAAGGAAAAGUUGCGCAAGGUGAAGACACUUGGUGAAUCCGACAGUGAUGAUGAGAGUGCCUUGGCUUGGGUAAAGAAGUCACGUCAGAAGGCAAAGGAAAGAGAACUGGCUGAAAAAAAGAGCAAGAUGUUGGAGGAGUUAGAUGCGCAGUUUGGCAUUGGUGAUUUGGUGGAGCAAGAGAUGAUAGAGCAGAAAGUAAAAAAAUACUCCUACAAUGAUUUGUCAGGGCUUCAGGUGCAGCAUAAUUUUUCAAGAUUUGAUACUGGAGAAACAACUAUCUUAACCCUGAAGGAUAGUAAAGUGUUGGAUGGAGAGGAAGAUACACUCAUAAAUGUCAACAUAGUGGAUGAUGAAAGAGCAGAGAAAAAUCUGAAAAGAAGACAAAUGAAGCUAGAUGAGGUAGAAUAUGAAGCUCCAGAAGUUGAUGAGUAUGGAAACAUUGUUCAGCGAACACUUCUUACAAAGUAUGAUGAAGAAAUUGAAGGAGAAAAGAAACAAAGUUUCCGCUUGGGUGCAGGUGGUGGAGCGUAUGCUUGUGAUGAGGUACCAGAAGCUGUGAGGAGGAUUGCAAAGUUGCGAAAAUUGCAGAACUUGGAGACCCCUCAAGCCCAGUUAGCUUCUGAGUACUUUACUGAAAAUGAAAUGGUAAGCUUCAGAAAAGUUAAAAAGACUAAGAAAAAAAAGAAAAAGAAAUUAACAGCAGAUGACCUAGAGCCAGUUGAAGAGUCCUUAGUUCACCUUGGUUCAAGGAAUGCUAGACAAGCAAGGUUGGAAACCCUGCAAAUCAAUAAUGACGAGGUUAGCUUUGCUGCUGAUGACCUAGGCAAACCCAGCUCGGAUCGGACACAAACUCUUAGAGAGCUACUGGAAGAAGAGGAGGCAGAAAAAGUAAAAAUGGAAGUAGAUAAUGAUGAAGGCAAUGAGAGCGAACAAGAUGAUAUUGAACUCCAAGAAGCCUUGGCACGGUCACGGAGAGCUAAGAUUGCACAGGCUGCACAGCCUAGCAGUGAGAAGAUCUUAGAUCUGCUAAAAGAAAAACCUUUGAAACAAGAAGAAACAUUGGAACCUAUGGAAGAGGAUGCAGCUGUACUUAUGAUGACUCUCAACACUACUGAUGAAUUUUGCCGCACUUUAGGAGACCUUCCUACUUAUGGUCUCUCUGGCAAUCGUGCAGAUGAUGAUCAAACAAUGCUACAGCUACAGCAGCCUAAGGAAAAGGAAGCACAGGAGCCUCGGGGAGCAUGGGAAGAAGUGGGGAUUGACGACACUCGGGUGGAAAUCAGUGAUAACAUGAUUGUUCCCAUUUUGGAAGAAGAACCUGAUGCCAGCAAAGGAGUUGCUAAUGCUCUUAAGCUAGCUCUUAAGAAGGGCUACCUAGAGAAAACAAAUGUUACUAAGUCAGCAAAUGCCGCCUUACAACAUCUGAGAGCAGUGCACUAUAGCAUAGAGGACAAGGCUGUGGAUGAUGACCGUGGUCGAGGCCGGGGUGAAAGAUACAUGGGGCCAGUUACAGAAUUUAAAGAUAAAGAUAGCUACAAACCUGAUGUCAAGCUGGAAUAUGUGGAUGAUGAAGGUCGUAAAUUAAAUGCAAAGGAAGCAUUCAGAUACCUUUCUCACAAGUUCCAUGGAAAAGGCUCAGGUAAAAAUAAGACAGAAAAAAGAAUGAAGAAAUGGAAUGAGGAGUUGCUAAUGAAACACAUGAGCUCAUCUGACACUCCACUUCAGACACUUGAGAGACAGAGAGAGAAACAGAAGCAACUUGGAGCAGCUUACCUUGUUCUCUCUGGAAGUAAGACUCAAGAAUCAAUGGAUGUCAAGAAGUGAAAUAAUUGCAUCUUUAACAGAAUAUCAGAUAUCUGGUCAUUAGUUCUGAUUUUUACAUUAACGGUGUCAUCCCUCGUUAAAUAUUUACAUGGUACCUUGAACAUUUGUAUAGAUUGUGUGGUGCGUUAGCGCUAUGUAAUUUUGAGUUGUGUGAGCUAUUAUAUACAUGGAGUACAUGUAUCUAACUUUAGAGUCUUCUUAAAAUAAGGAAUUUCUAGCCUUUUCAUGCUGCAAUAUAUUAGGGUAAUAAAUUUUUACAUUCAUAAGAAUGUUAUGUUUUUCAAAGGAUGAUUACCAGUGAAAAUUUAAGUGGGUUGCUAAGUGUCCUGUGGUUGCCAUUCCUGUAUUGAUGUAAACCUGCUAGCAUAUUAGGUGGUAUUGAUGUUAAAAAAUAAACGAUGCAAAUGUGAAAUUAUGCAUUAUUUGAUGUGCAAAAUGAGAUAAAGUUGUAUACAGUUUAA